UCGUUUCGAAUCAACGCACCUGUAAAUAAAAUUCCCAAAGGUUUGUGUCGAACUUCUCGAUCCGCGUGAAACCGCGAUUCCUGGCGGGAGACGACACGUGGUUCCAGCAGCCUCGGCUCCCUACUCUCUUGCCCUCUUCUUCGAGUUCCUCGUCCACGCUGGACGCAAUCAGCCGAUCCUCAAAGCGCGACCGGUAGUCGAACCGCGUGCACGUGGAGCCGGUCGUAGCCUCGAUCGUCCGGACGAUCGAGCUUCCAUUCAGAUCUACCUACGCGCGUGGUAUCGUGGUAAUCGAUUUAUUCGGUAAAUCAUCUGGUGAAGUCGGAGUUCAGUGGCACAUGUGAUUCGUAAUCGUGAAGCUGGUCGAGUGUCGCGGGGACGAUCGGUUUUUUAUACUGCGCUGAGGAGGAACCCGGGAAUGGGUCGCCGAGAAUGAAGGAAGGGUGAACUGAGAGAACGAGCUGCUUCAAAUCGGGAUCAGGAUGCGGUGGAUCGGUUACGUGGCCACAAUUCUCUGGUGGUCGGGCAUCGCCAGGUCUCUCAGCACGCUGAAUCGAGGUCACAGUUACAAAAUCACCCCAAAGCCCUGUCGAGUCCCCGGCCCGGAGUCGAAGGAGGGCACGUGCAUGUUCGUGUGGGAGUGCAUCAAGUCGGAGGGCACGCACGUGGGCGUGUGCGUGGACACGUUCAUGUUCGGCAGCUGCUGCGUGCACAAUUCGACGUCGAACGCGAUCACCGCAUCACACCAGCACCCCUCGGAGCCCCUGAGGCCUACCCUGGCCGAGGCUCUGGGCAACGAGUCGACGAGGCCCACGCUCACGUCCCUGUCCAGCUUCCUGGUCACGGAUUCGAGCACCUCCAGACCCGGACACCAUUCAUCCGAGACGUUCGGGUCCUUCGCGGAGCAUGGCCGACCGCACAGACCACUGGCGGGCAGUUCUGGCAGGCCGCUGCAGAAGAGACCGCACGCGAAACCCGCCUCGGAUCACAAGGAUCGGAUCCAGACCUCGGUGGCGGCGGCCUCCUCGAAUUUCUGGGAGAAGAAUCAGCAGAGCACGAAGAGACCGUCGGAUAUUUGGGAGAAGGGGAGCACGAAGAGACCCGGGUCCGAGCACUGGGAGAAGGCCAGUACCAGGAGACCGGUGUCUGGUCAGUGGGAGAAGGAGUCGCACAGCACCAAAAGACCGUCCGACCUCUGGGAGUCCCAGAGCAAGAGGCCGGGAACCGAUGUGGAGAAGGGGUCUCAAACCCUGAAGAGACCUACGGCCGAUUCGGAGAAGGGAUCUCAAAACGUGAAGAGACCGACACCCGACUCGGACAAGGGAUCUCAAAACGUGAAGAGGCCAGCGUCCGACUCGGAGAAGGGUUCGCAAGGUGUGAAGAGGCCGGGUCAUCAAAGUACUAAGAGACCUAGCAUCUCUGAUCUCUGGAACAGCACUCAGAACGCGAAGAGGCCUGGUCAUCAGAGUACCCAGCAGAAGACCAGGCCAGAAAAUGACCACACAGCUGUCAAGGACAAAGACAGCUAUCCGAAUCAUCACCAGAGCUUCAAGGACAAGGUGGACACGGGACACAACACGUUAGUGAUUAGGCUACCCGGCAAGGAGCACGUCAAUGAGAACAUCAGGCCCAGUAGGCCGAACAACCAAAGACCGUCCGAGUCCAGACCUGACGAUAGCAAGACGGAGGAUGCUGAUCUUAGCGUGCAGGAGUCCGUGCAUCGACCUAGCGUCAAUUCCGUAGACGAUACCGCGAAGGAACCUCAUCCCAGCUUGAACUUCAUCCACACCGAACGUCCUCAGUGGGCGACCAAGCCAGUAUCACCUAAACCGACCACGGAGUUCUCGAAACCGUUCUUCUCUAUCAAGACGACCACUAGUAGGCCUGUUUCUAUGAACGACCAGUCGGACACUAGGCCGAACUUCAUCUCCAAACCUAGCACCUUGAAUGUCUCUACGAAGACGACCACUGCCAGACCUCACACUAGCCAGACCACAACCAGCGCAGCCGGAUCCGUGCCACAAACUUCUCACUGGCAAGUGACCACAGAGCCAGCGUUCGUGACGAAGCAUAGGCCAGUGUCGUCCACGAAGCCGAUGAGUUCCUCCGAAACCGCUAAACCUAUAGUCGCCAGUUCCCAUUUCUGGUCGGACAACAGCUGGACUCCACCUAGACCGUCCUUGAAACCACACUGGACGGAUAAUCCUGGCCUCCUUCAGAAUGGACCUGAAACCUUUCCACCGCGACCGAGUUUCAAACCGACCGAACCGCAGGAAAACACCGAGUUCCACAAACCACUCGGUUCAGCACACUACAUAACGACGUCCCAUUUCGAGACAUCCGCCAGGCCCAGACCGACGCCGAAGACCACCACGUCCACCACAACGACUACCACCAGCACAACCACGACUACGACGACUACCACGACCACGACCACCACCACGACCACUCCGAGACCAGACACGACCAUGACCACGAGCGAGGCGGCAACCAGGACGGGGUCCGUGUUGACAGUUCCCGCGGCAGCCGAGAGCAAAGAUAUGCAGUGCGGUGUGCCGCCACUGUUUCCGCGUCCAGAGACGAGGAUCGUCGGUGGCAAGGACGCGCCGUUCGGUCGAUGGCCUUGGCAGGUGUCCGUGAGGCGCACCUCGUUCUUCGGCUUCUCAAGCACUCAUCGCUGCGGCGGGGCGGUGCUCAACGAGAACUGGAUCGCGACCGCGGGACAUUGCGUUGACGACUUAUUAACCUCUCAAAUACGCAUAAGAGUUGGUGAAUACGACUUCUCGUCCGUCCAAGAGCGACUACCAUACGUGGAACGGGGAGUAGCGAAGAAAGUGGUGCAUCCAAAGUACAAUUUCUUCACGUACGAGUACGAUCUGGCGUUGGUCAGGCUAGAAAGCUCAUUGACAUUUGCCCCACAUAUAUCGCCGAUUUGUUUGCCAGCUACUGAUGAUUUGUUGAUCGGGGAAAAUGCGACUGUUACCGGUUGGGGAAGAUUGAGCGAGGGUGGUACUUUACCCUCGGUGCUGCAGGAGGUUUCCGUGCCUAUAGUGAGUAACGAUAGAUGUAAGUCAAUGUUCCUGAGGGCUGGUAGACACGAGUUCAUACCAGACAUAUUCCUGUGCGCCGGAUACGAAAGUGGAGGACAAGAUUCCUGUCAGGGCGACUCGGGCGGUCCUCUUCAAGUGAGGGGAAAAGACGGUCGCUACUUUCUGGCCGGCAUAAUAUCCUGGGGAAUCGGUUGCGCGGAGGCCAACUUGCCAGGCGUGUGCACGAGGAUCUCGAAGUUCGUCCCGUGGAUUCUGAAGAACGUCACUUGACCCGUUCACGUUGUCGCCCACCAUUUAUCACGGGAUGUUGACAGCUUAACGUUCGUCCGUUGCUCUGCGGGUGUCGAUUGCUUCGAUGAUUUACUCAACGUGGAACAAAUCACUGCCAAAUAUACCUACGUGAAAUUUUCAUUUCGACACCUGUCGAAUCCCCGCAAGAGAACACGAGACUCGAAACGCUUCCUUGCCACGUGAUUUUAUUUCGAGACAAAUAAAAUGUGCAUGGGAGAACGCGUGUCGGAUAGAAGUUUGAGAAACUUCCGUCUUUGAAGACUGUCGCUUCAAUUGCGAAGCGAAUCGAACGGAUUACGCGAGACUGUGGAAGGUUUCACGUACGAGACCGAUAAAGUCGUCAAAACGAAGAAACUCGCAAGAAUUGUAUUUAUAUAUAUAUACAUAUAAAUAAGAUAAUAAUAUAUUUCUCGUCAAAUGGAUCGAGCUACGUUGUAUCAGCUUCUGUCCUGUGUAUAUGAAAAAGAGUUGCCAGCUUGACGUUGAAAAGGCCUUUGAGAAAUUAUUUUUUAGAACGCGUACAGUAGACUCUUGUUAUAUCUGAGCUUUUGAUAUACGAUUUGGUAUAACGUGACAAUGCUACAAUUGAAUUUACGUGUAACACGUGACAAUACAACGAUCGAAUUUACGUACAACGCGUGACAAUACAACAAUCGAAUUUACAUACAACGGGUAGAAGUAUGGCGAUGCUUCGAUAACGGUAAUUAACAUACACAACGCGUUGAGGUGUAACGUAGCGAGGUAUGCUAUGUAACGCGUGGCCAUUUAAUGCGAGACAAUACGAGUUUUAUUUGAAACGCGUGGAAGGGAAGAAUGUUUGGAUGUACUAUGUGUACAGAUGUGAUGGAGAAUGUUAUGGAGGAUGGGGUGUGUGGAGAGUGUUGCAUGUGGCAAUAUAACGAGAGGAUGUCUAAUGUGUGGAAUGUCGGAGAUGAGGAAAAUAGGAGGUGGACAAUUUAAUGUCUGGUAACAAGGUAUGUGACAAUGUAAUAGGUAAUGUAAUUCGAGGAAAACCUAAUAUGUAGAAAAUCUGACAAGUGGUACAUUUUAUGCAAAAUAUUAUGUAUGGAAAAUCUAACUCUCAGAAAAUCUAUCUCAUGAAAAAUUUAAUACGAGACAAAUCUAUUGUGUGAAAAAUAUGGUACGUGAAAAAUGUAACGCGUGAAAAUCUAAUAUGUGAAAAAUCUAAUGCUUGGGAAAUCUAACGUGUAGAAAAUCUAAUACGUGAAAAAUGUAACGCGUGGAAAACCUAACAUGUGAAAAAUCUAACGCGUGAAAAGUCUAAAGCGUGGAAAACCUAAUAUGUGAAAAAUCUAAUGCGUGGAAAAUCUGAUACAUGGAAACUUUAAUGCGUAGAAAAUCUAACGAGUGGAAAAUGUAAUAUGCAAAAAAUCUAACGCGUGGAAAAUUUAAUAUGUGAAAAGUCUAACGCGUGGAAAAUCUAAUAUGUGAAAAAUCUAGCACGUGGAAAAUCUAAUGCGUAAAAAAUGUAACGCGUGGAAAAUCUAAUAUGUGAAAAAUCUAACACGUGGAAAAUUUAAUGCGUAAAAAAUGUAACGCGUGGAAAAUCUAAUAUGUGAAAAAUCUAACACGUGGAAAAUUUAAUGCGUGAAAAAUGUAACGCGUGGAAAAUCUAAUAUGUGAAAAAUUUAACGCGUGGAAAAUCUGAUAUAUGGAAUGUGUAGAAAAUCUAAUGCGUAGAAAAUCUAACGCAUGGAAAAUCUAAUAUGUGAAAAAUCUAACACGUGGAAAAUCUAAUAUGUGAAAAAUCUAGCACGUGGAAAAUCGAAUGCGUAAAAAAUGUAACGCGUGGAAAAUCUAAUAUGUGAAAAAUCUAACACGUGGAAAAUUUAAUGCGUAAAAAAUGUAAC